UUCUCUGACACACACUCUCUCCCUCAGCACUUUCUUUCACUAACACACUUAAACACACAUGCCUCUCAUGUGUUCUCUCACCUUCCCUCCCCCUGCCUUUCACACACUAGCUGUGUGAACUCGGACAACUUAUAGUAUAUUAUUCUAUUCUAUUACAACCUUUCUGAAGCUGUCCCACAAACUUUCUCAUAUACACAUUUUCCUUCUCCCCAUCCCCCACUGUCCUCUCAACUCUUCCACGUUUCAGUUUUUUAAAUCGAUCUUUGGCUUUCACAUCACCUUCACCUCCAUACGUUUCCCUCUUUUAUAACCUCAGUUUCCCUUGUAACAAAGACCAGGCAGUUUAGGAAAACUAGAACAUUAGAGGAAUGGACAUGGUUUUUUUUACCCUCGUAGUCCCGCAUCUCCGAAGAAAGGAGGGAGGUGCCUCUUCUUCGAGGGACUGAGUUUGGCCGCCAACCUUCUUCUCGUCGCCACCAACCUCACCUCUGCUCUUGUCCACCCUCCGGAGACUCAACAGCUGCGUGCAGCCUCCUGAUGGGAGCCGGCGGCCUGGGAUCGGGGGACCCCCUUCAUCUCCACCACUCACUUCCAGCUGGGACCCAGGACCCCCAGACGUCGUCCAACAUCUCCCUGUGCCCCGUCUUGGAGUACAUGAGUAACGUCACGAGCCACACCUACUCCAACAGGCGCUACAUUGACUACGCGUCCGUGACCCUGCACGGGCUGGUCUCUCUGCUGGGCAUGGUGGAGAACGCCGUCAUCCUCUUCGUGGUUGGCUGUCGCAUGCAUCAGACGGUGGUCACCACCUGGGUGCUGCACCUGGCACUGUCGGACCUGCUGGCCACCGCCAGCCUGCCCUUCUUCACUUACUUCCUGGCCGUGGGCCACACGUGGAAGCUGGGCACCACCUUCUGCAAGCUGCACUCCUCCAUCUUCUUCCUGAACAUGUUUGCUAGUGGCUUCCUGCUCAGUGCCAUCAGCCUGGAUCGCUGUCUGCAGGUGGUGAAGCCCGUCUGGGCCCAGAACCGCCGCACGGUGGCCGCGGCCCGCAAGGUCUGCCUGGUGCUCUGGGGCCUGGCCCUACUCAACACCAUCCCCUACUUCCUAUUCCGUGACACCAUCACACGGCAGGACAGCCGAAUUAUGUGCUACUACAACGUCCUGCUCCAUAACCCUGGGACAGACAGGGAUGCCACCUGCAGUCGCCGCCAAAUGGCCCUAGCGGUCAGCAAGUUCCUGCUGGCUUUCGCCAUCCCCCUGGGCAUCAUCGGCGCCUGCUACGUGGCCGUGAGCCUGCAGGUGCGCCACCGCUGCCGCCAUCACCCCAGCCGCUUUGUACGCCUGGUGAUGGCGGUCAUUGCCGCCUUUGUCCUCUGCUGGCUGCCCUACCACGUCUUCAGUCUGCUGGAGGUCCAGGCCCACCAUGACCCCAGUCUGCGCCCGCUGGUGCUGCUGGCCCUGCCCUUUGCGACCAGCCUGGCCUUCAUCAACAGCGUGGUCAAUCCCUUCCUCUAUGUGCUGACCUGCCCAGACGUGCUCGAGAAGCUGCGUCACUCCCUGCGCUGCGUGCUCGAGAACGUGCUGGUGGAGGACGAUGAGUUUGGCUGCAGCAGCAGCCGCAGGCACCGGAGCUCCCGGGCGGCCUCCUCGUCCAGAUCCUCCUCCACGUCCAGCUCCCCGGGCUUCCGGAGCCGCUGGCUCACCUGGGUGGGGGCCAGGACGGCUGGACAGCCAGGGCGGGCUCCAGCCCCAGCUGAGCUGCAGGAGGAGGUUUCCUUGAAAUGAGGCUGCCAGCUGGGAUGGGGGGCAUGCCUCCUCUUCCAAAUAUGACAUCCCACCAUUCUACAGGCCACCCACUGCCCAUUCCCCGUCUCUUGUAGCACACCAAUCCCUCUGGGAAGGGUCAUUCAUUAAGCCACAGGAUCAAACAUAUACAAAUGGAGGUGGCCUUGGACGUCAGCUAAAUCCACAGCCAUUGUUUUAGAGAUAACUCAGAUCAACCCCAUUUUAGAGAUGGGGAAACUGAGGUCCAAAGAGAUGAAUAAGCUUGCUCAGGGGUGCAGGUUGGUAACCAGAGGUAGAAUGUGAAGUUAUCUUCUGAUUCUAAAUCACUUCACCAAAUCAUUGACAUUUGAAAGGUAAUGAAUUUAUUGGAUCAAUUUCUCCAGGAAUGGGCACAUCCUCAGGUUACAGGGCAACCCAAAACAUGGACUCACGACCUCAGUGGCUCUCAGGGAUAGCUUCUCCCCCUCCCCCCCCAGAUCUUCCCAAAGGACCACCAAGGGGCCCUUCCCUCCCAUCCACAUCCUCUGCAACGUCUCAAGCUGGGGGGAAGAAGGAACCCAUAUUUGUUGUUUCUCCCUGGGCUGGCCCAUGGGCUCGUGAGUCUUGAGGGCAGGGGG